AGAAAAGAAAUGUGACAGCCUGUGCAAAAUUACACUCCCGCUGCGGUUUGUAUCUCCCUUCUGCGACUUGCCCGAGUCCUUAAAUUCCCUUUGGCACCUUAGCAGGGCUGUUGAGGUACUUUGCACUUUGUUUCCUAAGUGAAUUAAGUGCUUUUCUUUCUUUGUGUAUUGAGUUGCUAUUGAAUUGCUUCCCAUAUUUUUAUUUCAUACAAACUGAACAAUUGUGGCCCCUCUAUUUUAUUUAUAAAGGUUCAGUGUAUCUUUGCCUGCCUACAUCAAUCUGCAAGGGAGUUGCAGAAAAGCCUCAUGUUCAUCGAGCCGUGAGUCACAACCAAUUUUUAAAGCUGUUAUAACAAAAAAAAAAAAGUGUUUGCUUUUUUUUUCACAAGUAACUUUUAAAGUGUAGCUUAGAAAGAAAAAAAAAAAAGAAAUUAAAAAAAAAAACAUUUUCAAUAGACACAACAUUAUUCCUGGAUGCUUGCGAAUCCUAAACUAUAUUCAUACUUUAGUAUUACACAUACCUGUGUCAUAUACACAGAUGAGCUUUAAAAUUGUCACAUAGCAUUACCACUUUGCCUUUACUUUUAUGUAUCAUUCCCCUGACUUCCUUACUGCAGGUGUGGGCAAGAAAACUUUUCCUUUAAAACUUUUCAACAGUGGGCAUAAAAUUCUGCAGCUGAGGUCUUGAAGAAUGCAGAUGGGUAUUGUAUAUGUUGGAGCUCGCAGUGUGUAUUGACUAACUUUGUUUCUUUUUUUAUUUUUAUAUUUUUUUGCUUUUUCUGAUAUUGUCUUGUUUAUAAGUGGCUCCUGAGUGUAAAAUGUCUUCUGAGGGUGGGACGUGGGAGGGAAGCAAAGCUUCGUGUUCCAGGCCGAGACCUACAAGAUCCAUCUUUGCACGGCCUUGGAAAGCACGCGUACUGCCUGUUUGGUUUUCAAACCCAAUGGACCGAUGUCGUAAUUAUCAGAUGAGCAAAUAGCAAGUGCCUAUAAAAACUGUUCAGCACAGCCCUCUUUUGUCAUUCAUAACCCUCCAACAGCAUGGGUUUUGGUAUCUCCUGCCCCUUCCUCGCAGUAAAAAAAGGGUUAAAAAAAGAAAAGAAAAGAGGAAAAGAAAAAACCAAAAGGUUUUGGCUGUGAGCCAGAUUGUCUGUCUCCUUUUUUUCUCUUCUGGCUGUGCUGUCUCUUUAUAUGGAUGACAGGCCUUGGACGUUACUUGGCUCGCCAACACUGUGUUUAACAUGGUGUACUGGAUGAAUAAAUGCUAAAAUAGUGUUUGUUGCCAGUUAUAAGUGUUCCAGAAUAUCCUGUUACCCUCUAAGCUUUUUUUUUUUGAGUAAUUUUGGGGAGCAGGAACACCAAGUAUUUUAAUCUGCAUAUUGAGGCAAAAUGAUCGUACCAACAUCUUUGUUCUCUUAUCGGUAUUCUAAUGUCUCCUUAUUUAAAACCACAAAUGAAUUUCAGGAGAUGAAACCAGACAAAGGGUGAAGUUUACAGACGAUCGUGUUUGCAAGAGCCAUCUUCUGGAUUGCUGUCCUCAUGAUAUCCUGGCCGGAACAAUGCUCCAAGCCUUCUGGUGCUGGUUAUGUUACAUCCUUCCCCCGAAGGCGUUGUUACUGCUGCAUCCUUCACGUGUGCAGAUAUUCCUUAGUGGGAGGCUGAUUGGAGGCGAGCAGGAAGCCGGAUCCCUUGGGUAGCUGUGCUCGGUGAAAUGUGAUGGAGUCCCAUUCCCUGACCUUCAGAUGCAGGCCACGGGUGUUGACUGGAGCGAGUCACGAUCACUGCUGGGAAAAGGGUGAGUAUUUGAUGAGAGGCCUCCCUGAGACGAGAGGAUUCUUUGAGACAGAAGGGCUAGUGGUUUUACCUGACGUGAGCAAUACCUGGGAAAAUCUCCAUGCGCCUGGACCAUCUCCAAGGACGUGGAGGAAGACUUGAGGUUGGUAUGCUGGUGAGACCUGAACGUUCUCCCCCAGAGGAAGAGGUUGAGGGGGUCAUUGCCUUUUAACAAACAGAGAGAGGAAUUCAGAGCACGCUGGAGGCUCUUCUGAAGUUUUGGGUCACAGCCCGUUCUCUAAAGUGGAGCUAGGGGCUCAGCUUGCCAGAGGAGUUCAGAUAAGAAUAGUUAUGAUCUGUGACAAUCACAUCUAAUAUUGCUAUUUUCUCCCUAUAUUGGAAAGGGAUCUCAGUAGAAUAACUGUAAGAAUAAAAGAUUUAAGUCCCAUUGUGGAAAGUUAUUUUUGUGGUAAAAUAACAGUAGCUCGCUAGCAUUCUUUGAAGAGGCUUAACCCGAAGAUGAACACGAUUAAGCUUUGAAAGUACCAGAAUGCUUUUUUUUUUUUUUUGGUAGGCAUUAAAUUUCUAUCAUUAGAGAGCUCAGCAGGACUGUUCCCGGAUGCGGUGUCUGUUUCUGUGGCCUGCUGCCCGUGGCCUCCUGUUUCUGGUAAAUCUGAGCAAAAUUAGGAAGGCUAAAUCGUGGCAAGUCAUCUGGAUUUGUUUUCUUCGUUUAAAAAAAGAAAAGCUCCUGAGGCAGUGCAUUACUAGGCCUCCUCCUGGCACAGAUGUGCUUUUCCAGCGAAUGGACCUGGGAGAAUGUACGAAGAUCCAUGACUUGGCACUGCGAGCAGAUUAUGAGAUUGCAAGUAAAGAGAGAGACCUGUUUUUUGAGCUGGAUGCGAUGGAUCACCUGGAAUCCUUCAUCGCAGAGUGUGACAGGAGAACAGAACUGGCCAAGAAACGCCUGGCUGAGACACAGGAAGAGAUCAGUGCUGAAGUGUCUGCAAAGGCAGAGAAAGUACAUGAACUGAAUGAAGACAUUGGAAAACUCCUAGCUAAAGCUGAACAGCUGGGAGCUGAAGGAAAUGUUGACGAGUCUCAAAAGAUCCUGAUGGAAGUGGAGAAAGUCCGAGCAAAAAAGAAAGAGGCAGAGGAAGAAUACCGAAAUUCAAUGCCUGCAUCCAGUUUCCAGCAGCAGAAGCUGCGAGUGUGUGAAGUCUGCUCAGCAUAUCUGGGGCUCCAUGACAACGACCGGCGUCUUGCUGACCACUUUGGAGGCAAAUUACACUUGGGUUUCAUUCAGAUUCGUGAGAAACUGGAUCAGCUGAGGAAAACAGUGGCAGAAAAGCAAGAGAAGAGAAACCAGGACCGUUUGAGACGGAGAGAGGAGAGAGAGCGAGAGGAGAGAAUGGGCAGACGGUCUGGAUCAAGAAAUAGAGAUCGUCGAAGAUCACGGUCUCGGGACAGGAGGCGGAGACGCUCGAGAUCGGCUUCCCGUGAGCGGCGGAAGUCUCGCUCCCGCUCCCGAGACCGACACAGACGCCACCGGAGCCGCUCCCGCAGCCACAGCAGGGGUCACCGACGGGGGUCCAGAGACAGGAGUUCAAAACACAAAAAAGAAGUUUGGACAAUUAGGAAGUGAGGAAGACCCUGUAAUAACUAUUACUAAAGAGCAGAUCUUCUAGAGAUCGAUCUUCAAGAGAAAAGUCACGAGACAGAGAGAGAAAAGAGAAGAGCUCUUCUGAGAGGCGGCACGAGAGCACAAAUGGCAAAUCUCGUUCCAAGAGAUCAGAAGAGAGAGAAGCUGGCGAGAUCUGAACUCAAAACCGAUCUGUGUUGCACUGUAAAUAGUCUGAUAAACAUUCUACACAAAAGCCUAAAUUUCCCAUUUAUAUUUACUGAAAUACGA